AACCGUCCUGCUGCUGACUUCCAGCUUGAAGGUCAGCAAAGGAAAGUGGAAGUUGGAUUCUGAACGCUCGAGGUGCCCACAGGAAUUUAAUAGGGGGUCGGGAUUUGGCAGACUUGAACAAGCGGACUGGGGCUUCUCCUUGGACUUCUUGCCUGUUACCUGGCUCUGUCUUCUCUCUUUGGACUUCAAGAUGAAUGUGCAGGCUUGCUCUCGGUGUGGGUAUGGAGUGUACCCUGCUGAGAAGGUCAGCUGUCUAGACCAGAUAUGGCACAAAGCGUGUUUUCACUGUGAAGUUUGCAAGAUGAUGCUAUCUGUUAAUAACUUUGUGAGUCACCAGAAGAAGCCGUACUGUCACGCCCAUAACCCCAAGAACAACACUUUUACAAGUGUCUAUCACACUCCAUUGAAUCUAACCGUGAGGAACUCUCCCGAGGCCAUCUGUGGGGUCCGACCUGGAGCAAGAUUAUCGCUGGUUGCAUUUCCAGCCGCAGACAGUGAUGUGAGCUUCUCAGGAAGCCUGUGUAUUGGUGACCAAGGUGAUGGCGAACGGUUUAAGUCGGUUUUUCACUGGGACAUGAAAUCCAAGGACGGGGCAGCUGCACCUAGCAGGCAACCAUUGGUGGAUGAGAGAACCUACUGGACUGGAUGUGGGGACGGGAAUGGUUGGUGUCCAGGAGCUCUGCCAGACCCUGAAAUCGUAAGGAUGGUUGAAGCUCGAAAGUCACUUGGUGAGGAGUACACAGAAGACUAUGAGCAGCCAAGGGGCAAAGGGAGCUUUCCAGCCAUGAUCACACCUGCUUAUCAAAGGGCCAAGAGAGCCAACCAGCUGGCCAGCCAAGUGGAAUACAAGAGAGGGCAUGAUGAGCGCAUUUCCAGGUUCACCACGGUGGCAGAUACCCCCGAGCUGCUCCGGGCCAAGGCGGGGGGACAGCUUCAAAGCGAUAUGAGAUACACAGAGGACUAUGAACAACAGAGGGGGAAAGGCAGCUUUCCUGCUAUGAUCACACCUGCUUAUCAGAUAGCCAAAAGAGCCAACGAACUGGCAAGUGAUGUGAGGUACCAUCAACAAUAUCAAAGAGAGAUGAAAGGGAUGGCCGGUCCAGCUGCUGGAGCUGAGGGCACGCCGACAAGGGAAUAUAUGGACCAGUACGGCCAGGGUUACUCAGAGGAGUAUGGCGAACACAGAGGAAAGGGCAGCUUCCCUGCCAUGAUCACCCCAGCGUAUCAGAAUGCCAAGAAAGCCAACGAACUCGCUAGUGAUAUAAAAUACCGCCAGGACUUCAAUAAGAUGAAGGGCGCUGCGCAUUACCACUCCCUCCCAGCCCGCGACAACCUGGUUCUUAAGCGGGCUCAGAGCGUGAACAAGCUUGUGAGUGAGGUGGAGUAUAAGAAGGAUCUGGAAAGUAGUAAAGGUCACAGUAUCAACUACUGUGAAACGCCUCAGUUCAGGAAUGUGAGCAAGAUCUCAAAAUUCACCAGUGAUAACAAAUAUAAAGAAAACUACCAGAACCACAUGAGAGGCCACUACGAAGGGGUCGGAAUGGACAGACGGACUCUCCACGCUAUGAAAGUUGGAAGCCUGGCAAGCAACAUCGCCUACAAGGCCGACUACAAACACGAUGUUGUUGACUACAACUAUCCAGCCACUCUGACUCCUUCCUACCAAACAACAGUGAAACUGGUUCCCUUAAAAGAUGUCAACUACAGGCAAAGCAUUGACAAGCUGAAGUACAGCUCUGUGACCAACACUCCUCAGAUUGUUCAAGCCAAAAUCAAUGCCCAGCAACUGAGUCAUGUGAAUUACCGCGCCGACUACGAGAAAAAUAAGUUGAAUUACACGUUGCCACAGGAUGUGCCUCAGCUGGUGAAGGCCAAAACCAAUGCCGAAUUGUUUAGUGAGGUUAAAUACAAAGAAGGCUGGGAGAAGACAAAGGGGAAAGGGUUUGAGAUGAAGCUGGAUGCCAUGUCUCUGCUGGCCGCCAAAGCCUCCGGAGAGCUCGCUAGCAAUAUUAAAUACAGAGAAGAAUAUGAAAAAGCAAAAGGCAGAGUCCUGGGAACUACAGACUCAAGGCUUCUGCACUCCCUGCAGGUUGCCAAGAUGAGCAGCGAGGUUGAAUACAAGAAAGACUUUGAGAAGAGUAAGACCCAAUUUCACCUGCCCAUGGACAUGGUCAACAUCAGGCAUGCUAAGAAGGCCCAAGCUCUGGCCAGCGACCUGGACUACAGGAAACAACUGCACGCGUACACUGCACUGCCUGAAGAUAUGAAGAUUCUCUGGGCCAAGAAAGCCUACGGGCUCCAGAGUGAGCUGCAGUACAAGGCUGACCUGGCCUGGAUGAAAGGAGUCGGGUGGCUGACAGAGGGCAGUCUCAAUUUGGAACAGGCCAAGAGGGCCGGACAGCUGGUCAGCGAGAAAAACUACAGGCAGAGGGUGGACGAGCUGAAGUUCACCAGUGUGGCCAACAGCUCGCAGAUGGAGCACGCCAAGAAGAGCCAGGAGCUGCAGAGCGGGGUGGCCUACAAGGCAGGGAACGAGCAGUCCGUCCAUCAGUACAGCAUCAGCAAAGACGAGCCCCUCUUCUUACAGGCCCGAGCCAACGCCGCCAAUCUCAGUGAGAAACUGUAUAAGAGCAGCUGGGAAAACCAGAAGGCAAAAGGGUUUGAGCUGCGUCUUGACUCCCUGGCCUUCCUGGCAGCCAAAGCCAAGAGGGACCUGGCCAGUGAGGUGAAGUACAAGGAGGAUUAUGAGAGGUCCAGAGGGAAGCUCAUUGGGGCCAAGGGUGCCCAGGGGGAUUCGCAGAUGAGCCACUCACUGCAAAUGUCCAAGCUGCAGAGUGAACUGGAGUACAAGAAGGGAUUCGAGGACACCAAAUCCCAGUGCCAUGUCCCCCUGGACAUGAUCCAUCUGGUGCACGCCCGCAAGGCGCAGCACUUAGCCACAGACAUAGGCUAUAAGACGGUGUCCCAUCGCUUUACAGCUUUGCCCACAGACAUGAAGGUGGAAUGGGCCAAGAAGGCUUACGGUUUACAGAGUGAUAACCAAUACAGGGCAGAUGUGAAGUGGAUGAAAGGCACGGGCUGGGUCGCCACCGGGUCAUUAAAUGUGGAGCAGGCGAAGAAGGCAGGAGAACUCAUUAGCGAGAAGAAGUACCGUCAGCAUCCAGAUGCUUUGAAGUUUACCAGUAUUAAAGACACUCCGGAGAUGGUCCAGGCCAGAAUUAGUUAUACCCAAGCAGUGGAUAGGUUAUACAAGGAACAAGGAGAAAACAUAAAGCAUCAUUACACGCAGACAGCCGACCUCCCUGAAGUCCUGCUGGCCAAGCUGAAUGCCAUGAAUAUCAGCGAGACGCGGUAUAAGGAAUCCUGGAGCAAACUUCGAGACGGUGGAUACAAACUGAGAUUGGAUGCCAUUCCAUUCCAGGCAGCAAAGGCUUCCGGUGAAAUCAUAAGUGAUUACAAAUACAAAGAGGCAUUUGAGAAAAUGAAAGGGCAGAUGCUCGGCUCCCGGAGCUUGGAAGAUGAUAUCAGCCUUGCCCAUUCAGUGCACGCGAGCUCUCUGCAGAGCCAAGUGAAUUACAAGAAAGGCUUUGAACACUCAAAGGCGCAGUUCCAUCUGCCGUUGGACAUGGUAACCCUGGUGCAUGCCAGGAAGGCUCAGACCCUGGCCAGCGACCAGGACUACAGGCAUCCGCUCCCCCAGUACACUUCCUUGGCGGAAGACCUGAGGCUUCGCUGUGCCAAGAAAGCCCACAAGUUGCAGAGUGAGAACUUGUACCGGUCGGACCUGAACUUCAUGCGAGGGGUGGCCUGUGUCGUUCCGGGCACGUUAGAGAUUGAAGGGAGAAAGAGAGCGUCUGAACUCAUCAGCGAGAGUAAAUACCGUCAGCAUCCCCAGUCAUUCAAGUUCACGGCCGUGACAGACACUCCCAGCCUCACUCAUGCAAAACUCAGCAGCCAGAUUACAAAUGAGCGCCUCUAUAAAGCAGCAGGAGAGGAUGCAAGACACCAGUACACAAUGACCCUGGGCCUGCCGGAGUUUGUCCGAGCGAAAACAAACGCGGCCAAUCUGAGUGACGCAAAAUACAAGGAGUCUUGGCGGAAUCUCCGUGCUCAAGGCUACAAGCUGACAGUAGACGCUCUCCCCUUCCAGGCGGCACGGGCCUCUGGAGAUCUAGCCAGUGAUUUUCUCUACAGACAUGACUUCGUGAAGGAGCGGGGGAGGCUGAUCGGGGCCCGGAGUGUGAGCGAUGACCCCCGGCUCCGGCACUGCCAGCAGAUGGGCCAUGUGCAGAGCGAGCUUCAGUACAGGAGGGAGGCGGCGGGUGGCCGAGGCCAGUGCCACCUGCCCUUGGACAUGGUGCCCCUGGUCCACGCCAGGAAGGCCCAGGCCCUGGCCAGUGACCAUGACUACAGGACACGGUGCCACGCAUUCACGGCAUUGCCUGAGGACCUGAAGAUGGCCUGGGCCAAGCGGGCUCACGCUCUGCAGAGUGAGUUUCGCUACAAGUCAGACCUGAUGGGCAUGAAGGGGACCGGAUGGCUGGCGCUGCACUCCCCGCAGAUGGAGAGCGCAAAGAAGGCCGGGGAACUCAUCAGUGAGACCAAAUACCGUAAAAAACCAGACACUAUCAAGUUCACCACGGUGGUUGACUCCCCGGACCUGGUUCAUGCCAAGAACAGCUACGUGCAUUGCAACGAGCGGCUGUACAGGUCUGGGGAUGCCGAAUCCCUGCACAGAUACACCCUGGUCCCUGACCACCCCGAUUUCACCAGAGCCCGCCUCAACGCGCUGCAUCUGAGCGAUAAAGUCUACCGAAACUCUUGGGAACAGACCCGGGCUGGCGGCUAUGACUUCAGGCUGGACGCCAUCCCAUUCCAGACGGCCCGGGCGUCCAGGGAAAUUGCCAGUGAUUUCCGGUACAGAGAGGCCUUCCUGCGGGACCGGGGCCUGCAGGUUGGGUACCGCAGCGUCAACGACGACCCAAGGAUGAGGCAUUUCCUCAGCGUCGGCAAACUCCAGAGCGACAACGAGUACAAGAAGGACUUCGCCAGGACCCGGUCCCAGUUCCACAGCCGCCCGGACCAGCCCGGCUUCCUCCAGGCCAAGAGGAGCCAGGAGCUGGCCAGCGACGUGCACUACAGGCAGCCCCUGCCCCAGCCCUCCUGCGACCCGGAGCAGCUGGGCCUGAAGCACGCACAGAAGGCCCACCAGCUGCAGAGUGAUGUCAAGUACAAAUCUGACUUGAACCUGACCAGAGGUAUUGGCUGGACACCUCCUGGCUCGUACAGAGUGGAGAUGGCACGGCGGGCUGCAGAACUGGCCAACGCCAGGCGCCUGGCUCUCCGGGGGGCUGACCGGGAGCCGGAGGCUGUGGAGACUGGAUAUAAUCAGAGAGGGGAUGUGAACCCAGAUGCCACUGAGAUUCUGCACGUCAAAAGAAGGAGGGCCCUGCCGUUGUGAGUGGGCAGCAUCUGCCCGGGAUUCUUGGGGCAGAAGCUGGAGAGGAAAUUUGCACGCCAGAGACUUGGCUUCAGUUGGGGCCAACUGUGAAAACAGCACACCGGCCCUUCCCCUGAUCCUCCUUUAUUAAAAUAACAAUUCCCUGAAA